AAGAAACUGGUGUUCAUUGAUCUACAUCUCAAAAUCAACUCCAAUUGCUCUCUCUGAUUUAAAUUGAGAAUUAAGAUCCAACAUGGUGACAGAAAUUGUGACUUGUGUGAUUUUAAUGCUUGUGGGUAUUGCUUUUUUGGUCGUAAUUCUUGUAUGUUUAGUUGAGAGAGGAUCAGGGAUCACUCAAGAAAGCGCUGAAAGAACUACUUUGAUACAAAGAAGUAGUAGCAUGUCAGAAGAUGAUAUAAAGAAUCUGCCAUGGUAUGAUUAUCAAGAAGAUGUGGAAAAAGGAGUUGAGUGUGCUGUAUGUUUGGAGGGUUUUAAGCCAGGUGAUAAGUGCAGAUUGUUGCCAAAUUGUAGGCAUACUUUUCAUGCUAAUUGUAUUGAUUCAUGGCUCAUUAAGACUGCUGUUUGUCCAGUUUGUAGGACUUGUGUUGAUACCAUUAAUGUUCAAAUUUGAAUUAGUAAAAUUUCAUUGGAACGAUGAAUUCAA